AAAAUCGUCUGUUUGUCGUCAGCCGGACGGGCCCGAAGUCCCCAACUCAACCGGCUCCCUUCACCGGCCGACCCAUCACGCCAUCCCCAACUUCCUCCAAAUCCCAAAUCCCACCGGUCACCACGCCACCGACGCCGCCUCCGCCGUCUCCUUCCCCAGAUCGCACCACCCAAUGGCCGCCUCGCCGCCCGCCGCGGCGGUCGUGGGGGUCCUCGCCCUCCUCCUCGCCGCCGCGAUGGUGCCCCCCGCCGCGGCCGAGAUCCGGGAGACCUUGAUCCGCGCCGACCCGCGCAGCAUCAUCCCGCUCGACGAGUUCGGCUUCACCCACUCGGGCGUGCUGGAGCUCAACGUCUCCGGCAUCGCCUUCGACCCGCCGGCCUCCGCCGAGCUCGACCUCUCCCAGCUCGGCUUCUUCCUCUCCACCCUCGACGCCUGGGUCCACGUCCUCCACCAGCUCCAGGACCUCGACGUCACCUGCGCGCUCCAGUCUGACCUCGUCAAGCUCGCCUUCUCCUUCGACCGCCUCAGGCCGCCCUCCAACCCCGCCGGUGUCGAGGUUGCGCGCUCAUCGUCCUUCUCCACCGCCUUCCGCGUCUCCGACCCGGGACAGUACACGCUGGUCUUCGCCAACUGCCUCGGCGGCGGGCUCAAGAUCUCCAUGGACGUCCGCUCCGCUAUGUACAACGUCGACCCGGCCACGGGGGAGCGCGCCUACCUCUCCGCAGGGGCGUCCGUGCUGCCCUCCUUCUACUUCCUCUUCUGCCUCGCGUACGCCGGGCUCGCCGCCGCUUGGGUCGCCAUCCUGCUGCGCAAGCGGGCCGCCGUGUUCCGGAUCCAUUACUUCAUGCUCGCGGUGCUCGUGCUCAAGGCGCUCAACCUCCUCGCCGAGGCCGAGGACAAGUCAUACAUCGAGCGCACCGGCACCGCACACGGAUGGGACGUGCUCUUCUACAUCUUCAGCUUCCUCAAGGGGAUCUCGCUCUUCACGCUCAUAGUGCUCAUCGGCACCGGCUGGUCGUUCCUCAAGCCGUACCUGGCAGACCGAGAGAAGAAGGUGCUCAUGGUGGUCAUCCCCCUGCAGGUCGUGGCCAACAUUGCACAGGUGGUGAUUGACGAAUCUGGGCCCUAUGCUCGGGACUGGGUCACCUGGAGGCAAAUUUUCUUGCUGGUUGAUGUGGUCUGCUGCUGCGCUGUGCUCUUCCCGAUUGUGUGGUCUAUUAAGAACCUCCGCGAGGCUGCUCGCUCAGAUGGGAAGGCGGCGGUGAACCUCAUGAAGCUGACUCUCUUCCGCCAUUACUAUGUGGUUGUCAUUUGCUACAUUUACUUCACACGGGUCGUGGUGUAUGCGCUACAGACCAUCACCUCGUACCGGUAUCUAUGGACUAGCAUCGUGGCUGGGGAGUUUGCAACACUUGCGUUCUAUGUGUUCACCGGGUACAGGUUCCGGCCUGAGGUGCAUAACCCAUAUUUUGCGAUUGAUGAUGAAGAAGAGGAGGCUGCUGCUGAGGCACUCAAGUUGGAUGAUGAAUUCGAGCUAUGAGGAUUAAUAGCUGGCACCCUCCUCCUUGUCAGUGGUCCUAUUAGUGUUGUAUGUGCCAAAAUUCCACAUUACAAAUGGUAUAGACUGGUAUUUAGUCCAUAUCCUUUUGUUUUUCUUUUGAAGUUGGUUACAUUUUGCCCUACUGUAAUUGGUUAUUUACAACGUUGUGUGCGUGUUAAGAAAUGUAGCUUGGCUUUACCUUAAUUUAAUCCAUAAUCAUUGAAAUGA